GACGCCAUGCCAAAGUUGCGUGUGGCGAGAGACGUGACACAAGACUGCAACUGUCCUCCAGGUCCUCCUGGGAAACGUGGACGGAUGGGCAGAAGAGGCGACCCUGGACCCCCAGGUCCACUCGGUCUGGAUGGCAAACCUGGUAUUCCUGGACCUAAAGGAAGCCAGGGGCUGCCAGGACCAAAAGGAGAUAAGGGUGAUCAAGGAGAUACUGGGCCAAGGGGUCAUGGCACUCAUGCAGGGCUGCAUAGUAAUCAGAUUCUCAUUAAGAUGGUCUUUCCUCGUUACGAUCACAGCUACAUCUCGGCCGAUCAGCCCAGUUUCCAGAGGCGUAUGCUGAAGGUAGCAUGUGUGCAAGGCAUGUGCAGUCACUCCCCUUACUAG